UACAGUCAGUCAGAUGGAAACUGGGCUUUGGAAAGGCUGACAGCACACCAAGAGGAGCUGGCCCUUGGUGAAGUCUGAUCAUAUCUGAGAGAAACAAGGGGUUUACAAUGGAAGCCAAGAGUUACUUUGCUGUGUUAGUGCUGGUCUUCAUUCAAGCAGCCUGGGCUGCAAAAUAUCGACACCGACAUGCCAUGAACUACUUGGUUCAGGAACGCAGCCCUGAUAAACAGUUCGAUGUGGAGGAGGACGGAGAUGAGGUUUUAUACAUGGAUUUCAACCUGAAGAAGGAGAUCGGGCGGAUCCCGGAGUUCCAGCACCUCACAAUGCAGGGAGGAGAGGCGGGGGUCUCAGCCAAUAUCGCCAUCCUGAAACAGAAUUUGAAUGUUUGGAAGAACCUGUCCCGCGGCUCCCCGGAACCGAAAUUUGCCCCUCAGAUUGCCAUGUAUCCUGAAGAGCCUGUCGAAUGGGGACAGCCCAACACAUUGAUCUGUCUGGCUGAUGGAUUCUACCCUCCACACAUCACCAUGACAUGGAAGAGGAACAGUGAGCCAGUGACUGAUGAAGUCAACAUUACGGAGUUCUAUAUGAAACAGGAUUAUUCCUAUCAGAGAUUCACGUACCUGAGCUUCAUCCCAAAUCCUGGAGACAUGUAUUCCUGUCACGUGGAACAUGAGGGGCUGCAGGAUCCAACCACUGUAUUCUGGGAACCUGAAGUACCUGAGGAACAGUCUGGUCCUUGGACAGUGAUCUGUGUUCUGGGAAUUAUCCUGGGAAUUAUCAGUGCUGUUGUGGGGGUCAUCUUACUGAUUAAAGAGAGACAGCGGCUGCAGGCUCAGCAACACGGCAUCUAGGGAUGCUAGAACACACUCAAGGUACUGAUGGAAGGAUUGUGCAAAAAAGGAGAUAGGAAAUCAAUAUAUUCAGCUUCUCAUGUAUAUUGAUGGCUUUCUUUUCAGUUUAAGUGGGAGACAGAAAAUGCUUUACCAAACCAUGAAUUCAUCAUCUUCGGACUGCAUCCUCUCAUUGCACCGAGAAACAUCAUCGUUCAGCUUCCCUGACCCACAGCAUUGUCUCCUCUCACACUUUGUGUAAGCCAGAGCAAACUGAAACUCAUUUCUGCAGCUAAACAGGUCUAAUAUAAUUUUAUCCUCUGAAUUCAUGAUGAUUCUUUAAACAAUUUUCCAAUAUGGACUGAUUUGUUUGAAAUAAAACAUCUCUUUUUCUUGUA